CAUAUUUGACAAUAGAUAUUUUCGUUAGUUUUGUCAAUACAAUACUUCGAAUCCAUCCAAAAAUAUGGCUGUAAGUCCUUUGUGUAUAAUAAAAAUUUUUGAAUUGCUCAUCGCUAUAGUAUGUAUGGCUCUUCACUGUCACAGUCGUACCGGAGAUUUGGAUAUAGAAACGGUUUCGAUAAUCGCUUUUGGAGGCUAUAUAAUUAUAUUAGCGGGAGAAGCACUCGGUUAUUUCUUGGGAUGCCCUUUCGAUAAAAAGAUCGACAUAUUCUAUUCCAUAGUUGGAUGUUUUAUGUUUAUAGCUGCCGGAGCUCUAAACAUUGACACCUAUGAUGGUUAUUUCAAAUCGGAUGUCAGAGAUUACGGUUUAUCUAAAGGUUCAUUAGCUAUAAUAGACGCAUUUCUUUUCCUCGUGGAUGCGGUGCUUACGUAUAAAGGAAAAACUGUUACUUUUGAAUAGAAUGUAUUUCAGAAAUAAAUCUUGUAUGGAAUUAUUCCAUAUAACCAUAAUAAAUAUAUGAAUUAUA